AUGAAUGCCUCAAACCAAAUUCCUUUGCCUUUACCUGCCGAAAUUAUACAGGAAAAUCAUUCUUACGGCACUUCAACAUCAUCUAGCCUUACGAUUAAGAGCGAAUUCAAUAGGAAUAGUCGCCGAUGGACUACUACCGAUCAUAAUUUUAAUAUAACAACGUUAGACAGGGCUGCUGAAAAGGCGGGAAAUGAUGAUUCGGGAAAUGGGAGGAUUAAAGUCAUAGCGUGUCAAGUGUGCGGCAAGCAGUUCGCUUACACGAGAUCACUAAAGAGGCACCUCAAAUGCCAUUCGUUAUUGAAGAGUUAUCUCUGCACCUAUUGCUGCAAAGGGUUCAACGUUAAAUUCGAUCUUAAGAGGCAUACCCGUAUCCAUACAGGUGUCAAGCCAUACAAAUGCCAGAUGUGCGAUAAAAGCUUCACUCAAAGGUGCAGUCUAGAAAGUCAUAACAGGAAAUUGCACGGGCUACAAAUGAAAUACGGUUACAAAGAGAGGCGGGAGAAACUGUACGUUUGUGAGGAAUGUGGCUUUACGUCAAAUCGAUUGGAUCGCCGCAUGGAACACUUGAACAAAUUUUGCGUUAAACGCCAAGAGAAACCUCUUCUAAAUACCAAUGACAACAACCUGAUAACGGAGAAAACGGAGAAUAAGGAUAAUGUUCUUAGCCAGAAUUUGGUAGAAAAAGAAGAGAACUUUGAUAAAACCGACAACUUUUUUCCGCGAAAGGCUUUGUCCAUGAAAUCAGUACCAAUUAAGGAAGAACCACGACAACCUUUUUCCGGAAGUAGUCACGAUUUUACUAAUGGCGGAAGCCAUAUGGAACCGUUACAUUGUUACCAUGGAUUGGCAAAAAGAUACUCCAAGAAUGAUAAUGAUAAUAAUGUUUGUUCGCCUUGCGAGGAUUCAAACUAUUCCACAUUUUCGGAGCUUUCGGCGAUUUCUCUUGAAACUACCUCACGCGAAAAAAAGAUUAACAAGAACGAGAUCCGACAUAUUUUAAAGAAACCAGUGGAAAAUAGGAAUUUCUAUAGCGAUAAACCUAGCGGCAAUACUAUUUAUCCUUAUAAUUUUUCUAAAUUACCUCAAACAUACGACGAUUGCUCAAACAGUUUAGAAGCUUUCAUAAUGAGAUGCCAAAGAGCUUUGAUGCCGUACUACUGCAAUCCUAACAACCUCAAUUUUAAAGAAGUGGAAUCGAUGAGGGAGCUCGAAGCCAUAUCACUUAUUUACUAUUUUUAUUACGCCAAUGGGUUCCCCAACCAAUCCACUUACAAUCGCAAUUUACCUCCAACUCUGCCACCAUUAAUGCAUUCCCAUAUCAAGGAUCAUUAA